GUUGUGUGUCAUGUUGCAGGUAUAAAAUGUCCGGUGUGCAGCAAGUUUGUGCUGCCGGACGACAUCGAGUGCCAUCUUGUCAUGUGUCUCACCAGGCCACGGCUUUCCUAUAAUGAGGAUGUGCUGAGCGACUCCAAAGGCGAGUGUGUGAUCUGCCUGGAGGAGCUGUCCGCUGGGGACACCAUAGCCCGCCUGCCCUGCCUUUGCAUCUACCACAAGGGAUGUAUAGACCAAUGGUUCGAGGUGAACAGAUCGUGCCCGGAGCACCCCGGCGACUAGUGGGGCGCGGGAGGCGGCCGUGCCAUGUCGCGAGUGAUACUUUUAUACUGAACUGACUGUGCCCGCGGGGCCUUGUAAAUAUAAACUUAUGCUAGUGAGAUGUUUUACCGUUUAAUGAUUAAACAAAAAUAAGAAAAAAAACAAAGACAAUUAUAGUAAACGAAACGCUAUGGGAAAUUCUCGGUGGAGUAUUAAUAAUACUUAUAAUUGUAAAUUUUACAACGUUAAUAUUUAGUUCAACGCGGAAAUGAUAGUUUGUUUUUAUUUGAUAUGUAUAAUGUAAAUUAUAAUAUACCUGUAUGUAUAGUGAACGUCUGUUUUGUUUCGCAGUAAGGUAUAUAUCGAGCGAGCGGCUCCGGCGCUCGCCUUACUUGUCUGUUUCUUAAGCUUAUAUAUUAUAAUAUAUGAUUUGAUCUUUUUCAUCUUGAUAAUAAAGUUGAUUUGUUUCUAAAUUUU